GCAGUUGUAAUAAUAUAUAUAGGAAAGAGCAUUGAGGUGCAAAAUUAAGAUAGGAUUUUGAGCAAUGGCGUCUAGGCCAUUGAGAAUGAGUGUUUUGUUUGGGUUAUUGCUGUUGAUGCUACUAGCAAUAGUAGAAGCAAGUACUCCACCAGGAAUAGCCAACAACCCUAGCCAUGCAAGAUGCUUGAUCAAGAAGUACAAGCAUUGCUACAAUUUGGAGCAUGUUUGCCCCAAGUUCUGCCCUGAUUCUUGCACUGUGGAGUGUGUUUCGUGCAAACCUAUUUGUGGCGAUGGCUCCACCGCUCCACCACCUAACUCUGAAUCCGGGCAGUCUCCGCCACCUUCGGAGGGAGGCGGUGAUGGAAAGGGAAAUGAUGGUGGAAAUGGUAACGGCAAUGGCAACGGAAAUGGCAAUGGUGAUGGCAACGGCAAUGGCAAUAACAAUGGCAACGGCAACGGGAAUGGCGGCGGAAAGGGAAAUGAUGGUGGGAAUGGAAAAGGAGGUGAUGAUGGAAACGGGAAUGGCAAUGGCAGCGGAAAUGGAAAGGGAAACGGCGACGGGAAUGGACAGGGAAACGAUGGUGGAAAUGGAAAAGGAAAUGAUAAUGGCGGUGGUAGCGGCAACGGUAACGGCAACGGCAAUGGCAAUGGGAGCGGCAACGGAAAUGGCAAUGGCAAUGGCAACGGAAACGGAAAUGAUGGUGGAAAUGGGAAAGGGGAUGAUAAUGGAAACGGAAAGGGAAAUGAUGGUGGACAUGGAAAAGGGGAUGAUAAUGGAAACGGAAAGGGAAAUGAUGGUGGACAUGGGAAAGGGGAUGAUAAUGGAAACGGUAAGGGCAAUUCUCCUCCACCUCCCCCUACACCAUCAUCUCCACCUCCCCCAUCUCCAUCUCCACCACAGUAUUCUCCUCCCCCCCCUACACCAUCAUCUCCACCUCCUCCAACACCAGCACCAACUCCAUCUCCAUCUCCACCACGGUAUUCUCCUCCUCCCCCUACACCAUCAUCUCCACCUCCUCCAACGCCUACCCCAUCUCCAUCCCCACCACAGUAUUCUCCCCCCCCUACACCAUCCUCUCCAUCUCCUCCAACACCAUCCUCUCCAUCUCCUCCAACCCCAAGUCCGUCUCCACCCCCAUAUUCCCCUCCUCCAACUCAUGAGACAACACCAACACCAUCUCCUUCUCCAUCAACUCCAGCUUCUCCAUCUCCACCUCAAUAUUCUCCUCCAACUCCUACAUCUCCACCAGUUCCCACUCCAUCUUCCCCUUCACCCUCACCGUCACCAUCUUCGCCUACUAUAUCACCUCCUACUUCAACCCCACCAACAUCGCCUCCGUCCCACUCACAACCACCAGCCACACCAACUCCUCCCUCAUCUCCAGUACCGGUUUCUCCUUCCCCUCCCACCUCUCCUUCCACACCUCCAAGUGAGGAUGCUGCCGGAGCGAGGAGAAAGAGGUGCAGGAACAAAAACUAUCCCCAGUGUUAUGGUAUGGAACAUGUAUGCCCUAGCUCUUGUCCUCAUACGUGCGAGGUCGACUGUGUCACUUGCAAACCCGUCUGCAAAUGUGAUAUGCCAGGAGCCGUGUGUCAAGACCCUCGUUUCAUCGGCGCCGAUGGCAUUACUUUCUACUUCCACGGCAAGAAAGAUCGGGAUUUCUGCCUCGUGACUGACCCCAACCUCCACAUCAACGCCCACUUCAUAGGAAGAAGAAACGAAAACAUGAAGAGGGACUUCACUUGGGUCCAAUCCAUCGCCAUUCUCUUCGGCGAUCACCAGAUCUUCAUUGGCGCCCAGAAAACCGCCACAUGGGAUGACGCCGUCGACCGCCUCUCGCUCGCCUUCGACGGUGAACCCAUCGCCCUCCCCGCUUCCCAGGGCUCCACAUGGAGAUCUACCGCUGUUCAGUCGGCCGCCGUGAAGAGGGACGGCGACACCAACAGCGUAAUCAUCGAAGUUGACGGGCUUUUCAAGAUUUCAGCUAAGGUUGUCCCCAUUACUGAGCACGAAUCGAGAGUUCACAAUUAUGGAAUCACUAAAGACGACUGCUAUGCUCAUCUUGAGCUGGGAUUCAAAUUCUUCUCGCUGAGCGACACGGUGAACGGAGUUUUGGGGCAGACUUACGCGAACAACUACGUGAGCCGGGUGAAAAUGGGAGCCCCGAUGCCAGUUCUUGGAGGAGAAAGGGAGUUCGCAGUUUCCAACCUUUUUGCUACGGAUUGUGCUGUUUCGCAGUUCGGAGGCGGAAAAUUGAGCCUGGGCUCCGCCUACGGUCUGGAGCUGCCUAGCAUGAAAUGUGGCAGCGGAAUUGACGGAAGGGGAGUAGUUUGCAAGAGAUGAGAAUUUCAUACACACACUAACCAACUAUUUGAGAACCAGUUCAGAACACAUAAUAAGGAAAUAAAUAAAUAAAAAUGUUCGACUUCAAUCUUCUUUAUUAUUUAGCAAAGUCAUGAUAUUAACAACUUGUUUGUAAUUUGUUCAAUAUUAUAUAUCUAUAUAUAUUUCACUUCAAU